UACUCCACUUAUUUCCGUUUAACAGUAGUAGCUAAUUAGUCACGUCUUUUUUUAAAAAAAUAUAUCAUUGAAUAUUUUUAUGUGCAUUCUUUUAUUUACUUCACCACUUGAAAAUUUAUUGUUUUGCAAUUAGUUUUACAUCUAUAAUACAUUUAUUAAAGCAACGAAAAAUAUACUACAAGUCUCGUGAAAUAUAUCAAUAACUAUAAAAUAUACUACUAGGAUUUGAUCACAUAUUAUUAUUAGAAAAAUAAAGUUGAAUUGAAGUUGCAAACAUGUUGGGACACAAAUUUAUGUUAUUUGCGAAGGCACCCACAACUAUUUUCCCACUCCACUUUCCGCUCUCUUAAAAAACUAAACUUGAAUAAGUUGUUGAUUUCAUGAAACAAAAAAGCUUGUGAAAUUCUGGACAAUGUGGAAUUCUACCCAAGAUGAUGAAGAACAGCAAGAUUACUUUCUUGAAGGGACCGAAGGUCUCUGCUCUCUCUCUCCUAUGCAGAGGAUUUAUGGAUUCGGUGCUUGUUUACUAGCUGGGGUUGUUUGUAUGUUCUUGUCAUUGAUUGUUUUCGCGAUGCCCAUCAAAUUCGCGCUAUUAUUUACCUUUGGCAAUGUGCUGGCAGUUGGGAGCACAGCUUUCGUCAUUGGACCCAGGCAACAGCUCAACAUGAUGCUUGAUGAUGUUCGCGUCUAUGCUACUGCAGUUUAUGGUGGAUGUGUGAUCGUGGCUCUUGUUUGUGGUCUUUUGAUCCACAGUAAGAUUCUUACCUUAAUUGCCGUGAUAUGUGAAAUUUGUGCUCUAUUUUGGUACAGCUUAAGCUAUAUUCCAUUUGCCCGUAGAAUGGUGUCUGAUCUGACAAUCCGUCUCUGUGACACCGAAAUCUAGAUGACUUAAUGCGGCCAUCUUCUUCCUUGUUGCCUUCACAAAAUUGAAUCAUCCUCAUUUGACUGGUUCUUGGCCAUCUUAAAUAUGACAAUUUUCCAUUUAAUUCUUUAUCCAGAAUAUAACAUCAGCUGCGUCGCUCCAAGUUUGUUGUGGGAGACUGAUGUCUUUGACGAUUUUAAAGAUCCCCUGGCUUCAUAGGGUUUCAUUCAGAACAUGUCGAGUGCUACUAUCUUCUCAAGGCUUGUUCAUCUGGAUAUUUUGUUUGAUUAACGAUUUAAUUAUGCGAGUUUUUUGUGUGUUGUUAGUUGAA